CUCAUCUCGUCCUUUCAAGGGGGUGAUGGUCAUUCCCCUCUUUACUGUCUAGGGUUGUUAUCUCUUGGUAUUUGUUUUGCUCUUCGCCUAUACUUCCUAUACUUCCACCGUGCCCUUGAGACAGAGAGGGAAGGGGGAACAUACAAAAAGAAAUACCCACCGAAAAGUUAUCGCGCUUCUUUCGUGUAUAGAAUGGGACAGAGGCACAACCGACGACGAACCCGCCCUCGAUCUCGAAACUCCGUCAAUAAAACGCUGACUCCGAGUGCUAUAUCUCCUCCAGCCGACUUGCUCUGCACCUCGUCCUAUCGGUACUCUCUCGACUGUCUAGAAAACCGCCCGGCCUCGACCCGGCACUAUCGGGGGUUGACAUGGCAGCCUUCUGAGUACCUGAAACCGGACAUGAUCAUCAUGGAGACGGAGCAAUUCCGGCUCUUUGGAGGCGAGCCUGGGGAUGACGUGGAUCUUUGCUAUCGCAUGCUCGAGUAUUUUGGAGGACUCGAUUUUAUAGAUCCUCUGCAGGAGUUCAAACCGUUGCCUGGGUGAAGAUCGUUCAGUGAAUCUUGGCGAACAUCUUGACGAUAUUUCGUUGUGCUGCCGCCAGUGGACAUGAACAAAUAGAAAAAAAGCUCUGGAAAGACGAUUCGACUAAAAAUCUCGACCUGAUUCGAUUAUCCGACAACCGCCCUAAUUCGGAAAAAAGUUUGUGUGUGACAGGGAGA